CUCACUACACAGUCACCCACACAUCGACACGGCAUAGUUCAACCUCAAGCUAUUGUAAUUCCGGCCGCACACGCCUAAACCCUACUUACGAUAUAAGCCUUUAUAUUUACAGAUACAUCAAAGAGCCGGCAAGAUGGCAAUAACAUCGCAAUGUUACUUUGAGUGGAUAGAGAUUGACAUCAAAGGGUUCGCGUAGUGGGAUGGGCCCUUUUAUCGCGUAGCUAGUGCGGCGUAACAAAAAGCUGAUUCGUCAUAAAAAUAUAAUAAUGGCGGGUUGGUUUGCCGCAGCACUACGGCAGACGGUGACCUAGAGAGCGCGCGCGGCAGUACCCACCCAGCCCGCCUAAUGACGUCAGCUCCGGCAGCUCCCGCUCAAAGUCGCAGCUGAAUUUCUUUAUUCCGCGUGUAAUAUUCUAAAUUUCUUUAUUCCGCGUUACAAUAGAGGUUUGCGCCCAGCGCGCACUUUCGCGUCCCUUCCCGACCCCCCGCGCCGGUGACGCUAAAAUAAACUCUACUCCCCAAGGAUAAGUGCCCUCUGUAAUUAGCUGCAGAAACGCUUUGUAUUGUAGCUGUUUAUUUUAAAGACUACCGCUACAUCAACAUGAUGUGAAUGACAACGUGAAGAUGUAACUAUGAAUAUAAUUGUAUGCUAUGAAAGAAGGAAAAUAUCACAAGAUGUUCCGCAAAUUAUACCGUUAUUACUGGUUUUAUUUUCCAUUUUGCGAGCUGAAAAUACCCUGGGGUGUCCCAGCGACCUCGUGAGCAGUAAAUGCUCAUGUUACGAUUUUGAAGAUGGUGUAUUCGUUGAUUGCCAGGAAGCGACCGCCAAAGAUAUUAAAAAUACACUUAAAAAUGUAACAAACAUAAAUUCCUUGUCUGUGAUUGACCUUGAUGAAGAUGAUGAAUAUUUGGGACCGAAUUUUAUACCUCCAGGAGUCUGUGUCAAACGCGUACAUAUCUCUCAAACAAACCUCCGGGACUUAGCUGAUGACAGUUUUGAGCAUUUGAGGAAGUGCCUUGAAACUUUAAGCAUUGUGUCCGGUAAAAUUCAAUUCAUUCCACAAAAAACAUUUUCCGGCCUUCUCAAAUUAAUAUCUAUUGACCUGACUUCAAACCUCAUCGAGAGUGUACCGGGCUACAGCUUUUACGGUCUUCCGCUUAUGAAACUCAAUAUGAAAGGGAACGUCAUAUACGAUAUAUCCGAAUCCGCUUUUACUAGUUUGGAGCUAUCACUUUCUGAAAUUGAUUUGAGCGAAAAUAAUUUAUCAAUUUUCCCUAUCUCAGCCAUAUCGAAACUACGUCAUCUACGGUCCCUGCGGCUAGCGUGGAACAGCAUGUCCACUUUUCCCAUUGUUCAACAGUCUGACCUUGUAUCUUUAGAGUACCUCAAUUUAAACUCCAAUAAUUUUGAAUUUAUUUCUGAAGACUGCCUAAAAUUUUGUCCGUCCUUAAAAGUUCUAUCUUUUCAUUUUAACUUUAUCAAUAAUAUACAUUACCGAGCUUUUCACUCUCUAUUUCAUUUGGAAACUUUAGACGUAAGUCAUAAUAGGAUCAAAAUCUUAAACCCCAAUCUAUUUCAUAAUAAUAAGAAGUUAGUCUUUGUAGACUUGAGCCACAAUCAUCUACAUCACAUUAACGGAUUGUUUUGUAACCUGCCAUCUUUGGCAGAAGUAGUACUUACUAAUAAUAAUAUUUUAGAUGUGCCAAAAGAUUCAUUUUUCAAUUCAACUAAAAUAGAUACAAUAUAUUUAGAUAAAAACUCGAUUUUUAAUGUACAUACUGAGAGCUUUAGUAAUUUAGGAAUGUUAACUAAUUUACAUUUAGAUUUCAAUUAUCUUAAUAAAGUGCCACACAAUAUUUUUAUAAAUAAUAAGAAAUUGAUCAAGUUAAGACUGGACAAUAAUAUUCUUUUUGAUUUGGAAAACAACACAUUUUCAUUUUUAGUCAAGCUUAGUGAAAUUAGACUGAACAAUAAUAAUCUUAAGUUUAUUAGUAAACACGUGUUCUCAAACUCUUCAAUUGUAGAGGAAAUUUACUUGCAUGAUAAUAAGAUAGACUUCAUAGAGCCCGGUGCGUUCAUGCUUCUUUCAAAUUUAAAAUAUCUUAGCCUUUCUAACAACCACCUAACAGAUCUUAAUGACGUUUUACCUAAAAUUAAUUCUAAAUUACACACACUUUACCUAGAUUCAAACUCUUUAACAGGAAUUAGUAAUAUUAUGAUACCGUUACAGAUUAACUUAGACUUUUUGAGUAUUACAAGCAACAAUAUCAAAUAUAUAGCAAAAAAUGCAUUUGGUGACGUUAGUUCUAUCACUCGCUUAGAGCUUAACAAUAAUGCUAUUACAAUCAUCGAAGAAUAUUCAUUUCAACAUUUUAAUUUAACAAGAUAUUUAGAUCUAAGAGAUAAUUUUAUUUGUAAUAUAACCAAUUAUACAUUUUAUGGUUUAACUGAGUUAGAAGAUUUAAAUAUUUCUAACAAUAAGAUAGUUUUUAUUCUUGAUAUGGCUUUCCACACACUCAGAAAAUUAAGAAAUCUAAAUUUAUCAUUCAAUCCUCUAAAAGCUUUGCAUAGAAAUAUUUUUCAACAAGGAUUGCCAUUAAGUUCUCUGUAUAUGGAUAACUGUGAGAUUCAAUUUAUAGAAGAAGAUACUUUCAAUGGUUUAAAUAAUUUAAAGAUUCUAUCACUGAAGAACAAUUCACUGAAAUCAACGGAUUUACUUCUCAUUGAUGUUCCAGGAUUAAAGCAUUUAUACUUUUCAUACAACAUACUUGACCAACUUCCAGUAGAUUCUUUUGUUCGUUUACCUUUACUGGAGACCUUAUAUUUGGAGCACUGUAAUAUAGAAACUAUCUUUACAGGAACGUUUAGGUUCAACAGAAAUAUUGUGAAACUUAAUUUAGCUCAAAAUAUAAUUAGCUCAAUCCCUGAUAUACUAUUCAGUUCUAGCAGUCAUAUUUCAGAAUUGAACUUUAGUAACAAUUUUCUUGAUGUUGUACCUUAUAACACAUUGCACAAUUUUACAUAUUUAGAAACUUUAGACAUAGCUGAUAACCUAUUACCACGUUUAGAAUUGAGUGGCUUUGAAAAGUUAAUAAAGCUCAAAACUCUUAUAUUAAAAAAGAACGAAUUAAAAGUAAUAACAGCUCAAAAGAAAAUCAAACUAUUACAACUUAUUUCCCUAGAUCUUAGUAACAAUCGUCUUGAGAAUUUAUCUUCAGUAGUAUUUGAAACUUUUCCAAACUUGCAGAAUUUAAAUAUUACCUACAAUAAUAUAAUACACUUUUAUUUCAAUAUUUCUUACACGGGUUUUGGUGCAACCUUAAUAAAUAUAGAUAUAAGUAGAAAUCCUACUAUUUCAUGGACCACAUCAAAUAAACUAGUAAAUAAUUCACUUAUGGCGAACUUAUACGAAUUACGACUAUCGGCUACCAACAUGUCUAGCAUAGAAGAUAUUAAAUUUGAUUCGUUUUUAAGCUUACAACAUCUUUAUCUUCAGUUGAAUAAACUCAGACGUCUUUCAAUAAGUCCUUUUGCUAAAUUAACUUUGUUAGAAGAUUUGGAUUUAAGCUACAACAAAAUUUCGCAAUUAAAGACGAGUAAUUUUCGUGGAUUAACAAAAUUGACUUCUCUAUGUUUAUCAAAUAACAACAUUGAGUCAAUAGAGACGUUUACCGAAGACCUGGCAAACUUAAAAUUAUUAGAUCUUUCACACAAUAAGUUGCAAAACAUCCUGAAUGAAGACCUUAUACAUCUCAAGGAACUUACAGUAUUUUAUUUGGGAUACAACAACAUUAAGUACAUAUCUGCAACAGCGUUUAGAAAUUUAAACAAAAUUACACUCAUUGAUUUGGACCGAAAUAAGCUUCACAAUCUUUCUCUAGAAUUACUCACUUCAAUAGAAAGUCAUAUUCAGGAAAUAACUCUCAAAGAUAAUAUCAUGAUUUGUAACUGCGAAAAGGACAACACUUGGGUUUGGAUUCAAGAUCACCCAAAGAUAAUAAAGCCUACUGCUGUAUCAUGUUUAAAUAAUGAAUAUCCAACGGAGAAGUGUGACAUACCUAUAAUAUCCCAACUAUCAAUAGAUAAACACAAAGACAAUUCAGUCUCGGUGUCAUGGUUUAUCAGAAACCGGACAGCAAUAAAAUCAUUACAACUAUUGUACUAUGCAGAAGAUAUUGAUUCUGAAGUGAAACGAGAGAACUUAGAGCGUGAUGAAGUGUCGGCGCGAUUAAAUGACCUAGAACCUAAUGCCAACUACGUCGUGUGCGUUAUUACUUUAGAUGAAGAUCCAUUGGACCUGGAGGACUUUACACAAAUCAUAGAAACAAAUAAUACUUAUCUAAAGUAUAAUGGAACUGAAGAGACGAGGAAAAACCAAGAAGUGGCGGCGUCUAUUCUCAUGCACUCACCAUCAAGUGAAUGUAUUACAUUUAAUACAAACAAGAAAUUCUCUCCCGGAAAAAUCAAACCUGACAAAGUAUUCGAUAUAACACUUAUCUUAGAUCGACGGAUGGGUCUGAUUGUAGGCUGUUCCUUGGGAUGUGUAGUGUUUUUUAUAAUGGUAUCUAUUUUAUUGUAUACGAAAAUUAAGGAACGGAAAAGAAUUGCAAAGUCUGAUCCGGCAUGGGCAGAGUUGAACGAUUACCGUUCAAUGAGUAAAGAGGAUAUUUUACAUAACUCUACUACCGUUUCAACUGAUAACAUUUUGCUAGGAUCUUAGACUGUUCUAUAAUAAUUCGCAGCCAUGCUUCUUGUCCUUAAAUCUUAAAUAGUUACACGAAAUAGAAACUAAGGUUUUUUAAGUAUUACAUUUUUGAAGUGGAAUUGACCAGAAAAUUAGAUUUUCAACCAAUGAGGAGCAAAUAGCGUGUAGAUCAAUAUGCCUUUUUCAUAAUUCUAGUUGCUUAAGUAGAUUACAAUUUCGACUGUUAACUCAUGUGUAGGAAUUUGUAGUUAGUUAUCUAGAAUAGAACUUUAGGUAGAUUUAACGUAACAGUUUAUGGUAUCUAAUUAGAUUAAUCUAUUAUAGUUAGUUGUAAUGAUUAUGAUUAAAUUGUUGGUUUAACAUUAA